AUGGACAGAAUUAUAUUGGUUUUCGCCCUCAUCCAUGUAUCAUCAGCCCUCUGGUCAUGCAAAGUAGAUGACGACUGUUCAAGCCAGGCCGGUAGCGUUUGUGUUAGCGGCUCAUGCGAGUGCCCUGGUGGACAACAACCAGUUUUUAGGGGGACAAGGUGUGUCGGAGUUGCGCCAUACCUCUCAUCACCCUGCUAUGAAGAUAUACAAUGUGACAGACUUUGGGCAAAUUACGAGUGCCGCAAGAACAACGGCAGUCUAGUUGGUACCUGCGCAUGUCUACCCGGGAACCACUUUUUCCUGGGCAGGUGCUGGCCGACCAAGGGUUACAGAGAGGCAUGCGAGAGAGAUGAGGAGUGUUUGACAGAACCUAGAGACCCGUAUGCGUUGAAGUGCAAUCAAGUGUGCGUCUGCGCAGAUGGAUACUACGAACGACAGAGGGGGGAAUGUAGAAAGAUUGCGACAGGUGUCGGGGAAGGCUGCGUGGUAGACGAUGACUGUCACUUCACGAAUGGAACUUGUAAUGUACAAACAUUCUCUUGUACCAACAUGACCGCUUCAACGCCAUCUAGCGAGCCACUAACUCAACCUAUAGACAUGCUAACCGCGUUAUCAGACCGUGAAGUGGAUUCUGUACAUAAUAUAAACUGUACUACUAACAGUGACUGUACUUCACCAUCUAUAUGCAGUUUUGGAGCCUGCGUGUGUCCUAGAGGCUUCUAUAAAUAUAAUAAUAAGUGCUAUGCAGAAUUGGGAACACCAUCCACACCAGACCAGUGUGAUGGAUUACUGGCUGUCGUCAUUGAUGGAGUGUGCACUUGUCGUCCCAAUUUCUUUUUCGAACAAAAUAUGAGAGAUUGUACUAGAGUUACCCGCCGCAUCACGGAUUCGUGCGUCACUGACGGAAACUGCGGGACUUUCGGGGCGCAGUCCCGCUGCGGACCGCCAAAGGAGCCCUGGGGACUACGAACUUGCGAAUGUAUAAGCGAAAACGCUGUAUGGAAUGCUGACAGGAACUUGUGUAGACUGUUCGCAGGUGUUGGUGAACAGUGUGAAGCUGACAACGACUGUCUGGCUGGGGAUCUGGAGAUCACGUGUGAGAAAGACGACCAAGGUCAAGGGUUCUGUAGGUGCCCGCCAGGCUUAACGGAGCUGGAUGGAUUGUGUCUGACAUCUGGACUGGUUCUCGGCGAUACAUGUCAAGCGAGCCAGGAGUGCAAUGGUACAGCAAACGCAGUGUGCUCAGAUAGGAAAUGCGCUUGCGCAACUGGGUUCCAACAAGAUGGCGAUUAUUGUGCUCCAGUUAUCGGCGGUCCCUGUGCACAAGACACAGACUGUGUAAUACAAGAUACAGUUUGCCUGAACACAACCGAAGGAUCUACAUGUCAAUGCAGAGACAAUCUAGUCGCCUUUGAUCAACAAUGUUAUACAGUAUCUCCUGGCCAGAAUGCUACCUGUUCUGUCAGUAUACAGUGCCAGGCAUCGAUGGGAAAUGCGAGCAGUUGUGUGAACGGUCUAUGUGUCUGCACAGAUGGUUACCAUUAUCGCGACGAAAUGUGUUGGCCGAGGACAGAAUUGUUCCAAACCUGUUCCCGCACCAGCCAGUGUUAUUUGAGAGAGAUGUCCGAAGUGGUAACGUGUAGAAACGGACUAUGUCAGUGUGACUUCGAUCAUCCUUACUCUGAGGAGUUGAGAACCUGCACGUCAUCUGCAAGCAGCCUAUAUGCGUCCUUUCUUCUGACAGUUACACUAUUUAUAUUAAGAACAUAA